UCACUUCACACAAUCACACCCAUAAAACACUGUCUCUAUACCACUAUAUAUACGCAUGCACUCUCAUCUCUGCAUCUUUUCCAUCCAUACACGCAAAAAACUGUACGUAUAUAUUCACAACUCACUCUAAAAACAACACAAAAAUCUCGAAACAAAGAUGAACUUUCACUAUACCUGCGCCACCGCAGUGCUGAUACUCCUGUUCAUCUUGUCCGUACAAUCGGCCGGCAGAGAGCUCCGGCCGUCGGAUCAUGGCCUCACCUACCAGAACACAUCGACUGUGACGGAGUCUCCUGAUGCGACGUCGUUUUUUGAAGGAACUAAGUCGAAGGUGCCGUUGCCGGAGGCGAAGAACUUGACGGACGUGACGUGGCGGAGAAGCGACGGCGCAAGGAGUGGAAGCGGCGGUGGAAGAGUCAACACGGCGUGGCUGGUGGCGAGUUUAGUCUGUGGAGUUACGGGUAUUGCUUUGUUAUCUGUUGCUGCUUUUGUUUUCAUUUUUAGGUUUCAAAUGCAAUCGAAACAAUCUCCGUCUUCUAAUUAAUUUCCGAUUAAUCCAGAUGAUUGCAUCCAUUAAUUUUGAGACGACUGUUGUAUAUAAAUAUUGUAAUCUGAUUUUGUAACGAAAUAUAUUUACGAGUAUCUCUCUGUCGGUUGCUUGAUUAUCAAUACAUUGCAUUGAGAUUA